AUGUUCCCCAAACUUCAUCUAUUACUCAAGUUUCGAUUCCUUGUCUCCGCAUCGAACCGCCAGUCAAACUCUGUUUUUCGAAUUACCACCACCUAUUCGACGAUAUGCCCAAACCAAGUUGAAAGCCCGAAUGAAGAAGCUAUAGAGCAUCCGAGAGACUCCAUCGAGAUUUUCAAGCAAUGGGGUUGCUGUGAAAACGAUUUGUUGAAGAUCUUUUCACGCCAACCUUCUUUGCGCAACGCUCAAGCUACUUCCCUUUUAUCCAAACUCAACUUGCUGAGUAGCUUGGGACUCAGCGGUUCCGACAUUGUCAAGAUGGUCAAUUGUCGUCCUCGUUUCUUUUGUUCUCGUAUCAAUAAUUGCUUCGACGAGCGGAUUGAGUUCCUAAUUAACCUGUUCGGGUCGCGAGAAAUGCUUCGUAAAGCACUUGUUAGGAACCCUUCACUCUUGACCUAUGAUUUUCACAAUACCAUGAAACCAGUCAUUGCAUUGUACGAAGAGAUUGGCAUUAGUGGAAGUGAUUUGAUUGCUAUGCUCAUCUCACGUCCCACAUUGAUCCCAAGGACUUCUUUCAAUGAGGAGAAGAUGGAAUACAUAAAGAAAACAAGGGUUUCAAAAGGUUCCAAAAUGUACAAGUACGUAGUUUCACUCAUCGGAAUAUCGCGGAUCGAGACUAUACGUGAAAAGGUGACUAACUUGGAGAAAUUCGGAUGUUCAGAGGAAGAGAUUUGGAGUUUGUUGGGACGUUCUCCUCUUAUUUUGACACUCUCGGUUGAUAAGGUUCAAAGGAACAUGACAUUUGUUUUGGGAACCAUGAAGCUGUCUCCAAGAGUGGUUCUUGAGCACCCGUUUUUGUUGUUCAGCAACCUCGAAGCCGUAUUGAAACCGCGGAUAUCGUUGGCUCGGAAACUAAAGGAAAUGGAGCUUGAUCCGCAGAUUAAAGGAUCGAUCAUGUUGACAGCAUUGAGGAUGACGGAAAAUCGAUUCUUGAAUGUGUUUAUUAAAUGCCAUCCACAAGAUGUGGCAAAUGAACUCUUGGAGUUCUAUAAACAUGCCAAAGGUCUCAAGCCAUUGGCCGAAUCAUCGAAAAAAAUACUGCGUAAAGGAUUUCCAUUUUGA